CACUGCUAUUCACGUCGAAGCUGUAUUUUUUAUUCACUUGUCAGCUACAUAUAACUAACAAAAAAUAAAUAAAUGUAAAAUCACCACAUAUAAACUUAAAAUAGAUGCGCCGUGGCGUGAUCUACAUCAGCGUGAAAAAUGACCUCUUUCCCAACUAAUUUUCAGCUUACUUCUGACAGCUUAUCGUACGAGAGAAACUCGUUCUGUUGUUGCAAUGAAACCACUAGAUAGCUGUCGCAUAUAAGAGGCAUUUGUCUUCCGAAACUAGCACUCCUACAGAGUCCGCCCUCUCUCUUUAGCUUCACGAACAUGUUGUAUUUUUGUCAUAUUGUGAGAUGUUCAAGCAGGUGUCUCAAGUCGUUUACAAUCGGCAUUGUUCGCUGACCAAUCGGAAACCGAGCAGCUGCCAUUACGGGGAAUCGAGUGUGACCAAACAGAGCAAGACCUCGUUCAUUUUGCAUCUCCUUCCAAUUACAAGUGCGAUAAAUUUGAGCGGCUCCAUGUAAUCUACAGUCAUUAAGCUUGAUUUUGGCAUUGUCUGUUGCCUUUGUUUGGACUUUCUGGAAGCUCCUUUCGCCGUCCAACGUCAUGAUCGGUUUGCUGGUUUAGACAGCAAAUACUUUCUCCGGCCAGUGCAUGGCGGAUAAAAGAGAACAUCCGUUCACAUAUGUUGUUCGUUGGAGAAGUUCUGUGUUGCAUGGUGAUGUUGGUUAAUCGACAGGGACAGCCUUGAAAACACUGAUUGUCAUUAAACAUGUCGAAUCCGUCGUUCGGAGGGCCAAGAGACCGCCCGAGAGGCUCCAUCUGUGAGCCAUUAAUGCAGACAACAACAGCAGGAAGAGUAAUGUUAAUCCAUCAGCUUGUGUUGAAGGGCGAUUUGAAAGAAUUAAAGAAGGAGAUUGCAAGGGAUAUAGAUCUUUUAGAAGGCAAGAAUAGCCAGGGCAUGACGCCAUUGUUCCAAGCUGUCAGUUGUAACAACUUAGAGUGUGUUCAGUAUCUUGUUACAUCCGGUUCAAAUAUUGAUACACGUGAUAAUGUCGGAAGAACUCCAGUUGCACUGGCUGCUUAUCAGGGCUGGCAUGAUGGAUUGUAUUAUCUACUUGCAAAAGGUGCCAAUUGUUUGAUUGCCGAUAAUUGUGGAAGGCUUCCUCUUCAUGCAGCAACAUACUUCAGCAAUGAAAAUUCCCUUGAAGUUCUGUUGCAGCAUCUUUCACUUCAAGAUGUAGACGCUCGAGAUAAUGAGGGAAUGACUGCUCUUCAUUGGGCUGCUUUCCAUGGCCGAACAGGUCACGUCAGGUUAUUAGUGGAAAAGAAAGCUGAUCUAUUGUCAAGAGACACUGAUGGAAAACUGCCACUACAUUGGGCAGCUCAGAAUGGCUACCUACAAACAUGUCAAGUAAUGCUAGAGGUAAGUGACAGCCACAACCUGGUCAAUGGAAAGGACUUCUCUGGACGGACACCCAUUCACCUAGCAGCUGCCGCUGGACAAUACUCUGUCCUGGUUGAGUUCACUUCAGUGGCAUUUGUAAAUAUUGAAGCCUUGGAUAAUAAUGGCAGGACCCCACUUCACUGGGCGGCAGCAACUGGACAUGCCCCUUGUGUUGCUCAUUUGCUGAGGCUUGAAAGCCACAAGGAUGCUGAAGACAAACAUGGUGGAACACCAUUUCAAUAUGCUCAACAGGGACACCACUCUGCAUGCUGUCAGCUGUUAAUAGAUCAUGAUCCAAACAAUCCUCUUGCCACAGAAAUACCAGUGAGAAGAGAAUCUCCCGUAGAGAAUCUUGCUGUUCCCGACAAUAGUCAGCAUGGCUCUGAUGGUGUGCAAUUGUUUGAUCGCAUCCAUGGCACUAGAAUAACAAAUGGUUACCACCCACAGCUUGCGGCAGAUCUUGGUGAUUCAGAGGUGCAGGAGAUACUUGGUAACAACACUGCGACUGUGCAGGUUCUUGUUGAGAUGAACGUUCAGGAUGAUGGGUCAACUGAAGCAGGGGACAUGGUUUCAUUGCUGCAUGAUGUUAGUGCAUGGCCCAGUAUAACACCCCCGACGUCACCCUAUUUUCUCCAUCCCAGCAUGAAUGGUGAGAGUGAUGCUGCUGGUUAUAGCAGUGAGGAAGACAGUCGUUACCCUCCGCAAAUGGCUCUUACCCCCAUACCGGGCUCGCCCGUCCCACCUGAGGAUUCUAACCACAGCAACCCGACCAGACCACCCAUUCUGCCGAGGUUUAGCUUUGAGGAUCAAGCACCCUUUGUGCGGCCAUCAGGUACUACAACCUCCACCCUGGCACCAAUCAAAUCCAAGACAAUGCCAGAGAGACUACGACUGAAUAACUACCGACCCACUCCCGUGAAAGCAGUGGAUGUGAAGCCACCCUCCCCCUCAGUGGACACUCAGUUAGCUCCACUCAAGGUGUCUAAAGCUAAGCAGAGUCCAGUCCCUUUGAAUGUUAAAACCCAGCACACGAGUCCUACGUCAUCUAGUCCGCGGGAGACUGGGACUCCAGAGAGCAACGAGGCUGGAAAACAAUGGGCAAGGAAAAGCAAAGUCAAGACGGAUCCGCUUGCCCUCUCCCCUGUUGGUGACAAUAUAGAGCCAGACUUUUUCCGUAAAGUGAAAGACAAGCGUCCCUCCGCGGGAAGUACCGCUGGACAGAUUCUGCCAGUCAUUUCAGAUAAGUCGAGUCACGUGACACAAGUUCAGGGCUCCAGACAGGAUCAGAUAGAAGCAAGGAAGAAAAACAAGAAGAAAACUUCCAAGAACCGAAGUAUUCCUGAAGACUUAGACGUAAGCGGUGGAGAGGAAAUGGAGGAAAGCGUCGAAGAAGAGACUCGAUCAAACAGAAGUAUAGGAAUCUCAAAAGAAAAGACAAAGAAAAAGAAAAAAAUUAGGAAAGUAAUGAGCUGGAACUUCUAGUUAUAAAUAGAUAAUGUCAUCCUUAAGGAAUACACUCAGAAACCCAGAGGAGUUUAGAGCUCCACUGCACAAUCUCAACCAAAUGGACUCUUUUGGCCGGGUUUGUAACAGAGAAAAGCUUUGGGCUCCAGACUCCAAAGCGAAAACGGCAGUACAUAGCACCAGGAGUCAAGAGACUCGCAAAAUAUAAAGUAUGCAAUUUACUAUGUGCGCGGUUUGCGUGCACAGCUGAGGUGUGAAAGGUUACAGUCACGGAACAAAACAGUCUCCUCUCUCGCAGAAAUUAGUCGCGGGAAGCGACGGGGACAUGCGGGAAGAGGCCAGCAGGAUACUCGAUGCGAGCGGGAUACACAAGGAUCGAUCUGCUUGACGCAUCUACACCCGCACCGUCAGACCCGAACAGACUCAAACUCAAGGACUGCAAUACAGUCUUUUUUUGUCAUCAGUUCAAAUUUAAGAGGAUCUCCAGAAAUUCGUUAACUUGUUUUUUUGAGAACAGAGCUAGAGCCAGUGGGAAUUAGUAAUAUCAAGCUAACGAUGUCAGAGAUAUAAAUGGAGUGAAAACUGAAUGAAGAAACUUGUAAAAUUCAAGGCUAAGACUUUCCAGUCUGACUUGAAGUGAUUUCUAAAUGCUUCAUUGUAGUUUUGAGCAACUUCCAGUUUACAACAUACAAUAUGCAGCUGGGCCCAUUGAGAAUUAUUAUGCAGAAUUUAACAGUACGAUGUAUAAAUGAAAUUAUUUAAUUAUCAUUUUAUAAAGAGGUAAUACUUGUUAGCAGAAGAAUUUAAAUUCAAAAAAAUUGAUUUUUUCCGAGAUUUCAUUUGUACAGAGUAUAGUGAAGUAUUUAUUAUUGCAAUGAUGUAAAUUUUAUUCCCAUACGGUAGUUCGUGAAAUGUAAUUGAAAUUGCAGAUAUUGCAUGUUUAACCCAGAACGAGGCGAAACAUAGUCUCCUGCCCAUGUCCCCUCCGUAUGUUAGAGAGGAAAAAGGCUAGGCAGGGGUACAAGGUGUCAUUGCAUACAGAUAUGAACAACUGUCCAACAGAAAGAAAGUGGCCUGUAUAUAUUGGAGGUGGCAAUCCAUUCGUAGGAUUGAAUCUCAAUUCUCUUUACCAAUUGUCAUAAAAUUUCUUGUGAAGUUAGUACGGAGAAUUUAGUGGAACAUCGAGAGAAUGUUCAUUUAUUGUUGUCGCCUUUCUGCUCAACAAUGUGUUGAUUUUCCCCCACGUAGCGACAAAGAUUUUUUGCAACCCCCCCAACUCCAGGGGGAAACUGGUUAAAGGAGCUCAGUUAAAGUAUUUUGAGUUCUUUUAGCCAGGUGCAAAAUUAUCUUUAAAUUAAAGGAAACCUGAAAAUAACAGUUUACUAAGAUAGUGAAACAACCAAGAGAUAAUAUUAAACCAUAAAGGAGCAAGGACGGUUAAGGAUGGAGAAGAUUGACACGGAUUACAAACGACGAACUUGACAAAUUUAGGCUAAACUUUUUCAAGAUGCGCAAACCGUGACGUAGCUCCUUUGAUAGGUGCAUGAAACGUUGAUGAGUUCAGAAAUUAGUUUUCAUUUCUGUAUUGCAAUGCGAAUGUGUCCGUUAGACGUUGUUGGAACUUUUUGUAAUCAGUGCACUGAGAUAAAGUGUUGAUACAAAUUCAUAUAAUUUGAGAAAUAUACGAAAAUAAUUUAGAGAUUAGAAUGAAAAUAUUAAGAGAUGUAAAUUAUUAUAGGAAAAGGUCAAAUUCUUCAGCAACCUUAAAGUUAUUCUCAGAGUUCAAUUAUUGAUGUAAGAGAUAAAAUGAAUAAAUUGAUAAUCGUAUUAAAUUAUUUACGUACGCUUCUUUGA